CUCUACAUUACAUUCUAGUUAUCGAUAGAUGCUUCAACUGCCGUUCUAGAGCAUCGGUAAUUUGAUGUAAUUUGUAUAGCGCUCCGGUGACGAGAUGUUUAUAUAUCUAAGCAAGAAGAUUGCCAUUCCCAAUAAUAUUCAGCUGAAAUGCAUUUCUUGGAACAAAGACCAAGGAUAUAUAGCAUGUGGAGGAGAAUCUGGAUUGUUGAAAGUUUUAAAACUGGAAGCACAAACUGAUGAUUCAAAACUGAAAGGACUUGCAGCUCCAAGCAACCUUUCAAUCAAUCAGACUCUUGAAGGGCACAGUGGCUCUGUUCAGGUGGUGACUUGGAAUGAACAUUUUCAGAAGUUAACAACCAGUGAUCAGAAUGGUCUCAUCAUUGUGUGGAUGCUGUACAAAGGCUCCUGGUAUGAGGAGAUGAUCAACAACAGGAACAAGUCAGUUGUACGUAGCAUGAGCUGGAAUGCUGAUGGCCAGAAAAUUUGUAUUGUAUAUGAAGAUGGAGCUGUCAUUGUUGGCUCUGUGGAUGGUAAUCGCAUAUGGGGUAAAGAACUUAAAGGCAUUCAGCUGUGUCAUGUUGCUUGGUCUCCAGACAGCAAAAUUCUCCUGUUUGGAAUGGCAAAUGGAGAAAUUCACCUUUAUGACAACCAGGGAAACUUUAUUGUGAAAAUGAUCCUUAGCUGUUUAGUGAAUGUCACAGGUGCCCUCAGCAUUGCUGGUAUGCACUGGUACCCGGGUACUAAGGGCUAUGUGGAGCCAGACUGCCCUUGUCUUGCAAUCUGUUUUGAUAAUGGGAGAUGCCAAAUAAUGAGGCAUGAGAAUGAUGAGAAUCCUAUUUUGAUUGACACUGGGAUGAAUGUAGUAAGUAUCCAGUGGAACCACUGUGGAAGUGUUCUGGCUUUGGCAGGAUCCCAAAAAGUCUCGGGGCAGGAUAAGGAUGUGAAUAUUGUGCAGUUCUACACUCCGUUUGGUGAGCACCUACGUACAUUAAAGGUUCCUGGAAAACAAAUAGCAGCAGUAUCCUGGGAAGGUGGAGGGUUGAGAAUUGGACUUGCUGUGGAUUCAUUCAUAUAUUUUGCAAACAUACGACCAGAUUAUAAGUGGGGUUAUUGUUCUAAUACUGUGGUUUAUGCAUAUACAAGACCUGAUCGUCCAGAGUACUGUGUUGUCUUCUGGGAUACAAAAAAUAAUGAGAAGUUUGUGAAAUAUGUCAAGAGUCUGAUUUCUGUUACUACAUGUGUAGAUUUCUGCAUCUUGGCAACAAAAGCUGAUGAAAACCAUCCACAAGAUGAAAAUGAAACUGAGACCAAUGGAGCUACGUAUGUGCUGGUUUUGUGCAACUCCAUUGGAACACCCUUGGAUUCAAAAUACAUUGACAUUGUUCCAAUGUUUGUGACCAUGACCAAAAGCCACGUUAUAGCUGCUUCUAAGGAAGCUUUUUAUGUCUGGCAAUAUAGAGUGGCAAAGAAGCUCACAGCUAUGGAGAUUAAUCAGGUGGCAAGGACUAGAAAAGAGGGCAGAGAAAGAAUUUUUCACAUUGAUGAUACUUCACCUGGGCCAUCAGAAGGUUUCCUGGAUUACUCUAAAGCUCUGAAAGAAACAAGAGAUCCUAUCUGUUGUAUAACUGCAUCAGAUAAAGUCCUAAUUGUGGGACGUGAAUCUGGAACACUUCAAAGAUAUACUUUACCAGGAGUUGGCCUAGUAAACAGUUACAUGCUUAGCUGUCGUGCAUACCAAAUGACUUUAAAUUGCAACUCCACUCGCUUGGCUAUUAUAGACAUUUCUGGGGUUCUGACUUUCUUUGACUUGGAAGCUCGAUACACAGAUGACACGGGACAGCCCUUGAUUGGAGAGCACCUUAAGUUUGAGCGUAAAGAUGUCUGGGACAUGAAAUGGGCCAAUGAUAAUCCAGAUCUCUUUGCCAUGAUGGAGAAAACCAGAAUGUAUGUUUUUAGAAACUUGGAUCCUGAGGAGCCUAUCCAAACUUCAGGAUAUAUUUGCAAUUUUGAAGAUCUGGAAAUUAAAUCUGUUCUUCUCGAUGAAAUAUUAAAGGAUCCUGAACAUCCUAAUAAAGAUUACAUCAUUAAUUUUGAAAUUCGUUCACUGAGAGAUAGCAGAAUGUUGAUUGAGAAAGUUGGAAUUCAAGAUGUUUCUCAGUUCAUAGAAGAUAACCCCCAUCCAAGACUUUGGAGAUUACUCGCUGAAGCUGCUCUUCAGAAACUGGAUCUCCAAACGGCUGAACAGGCAUUUGUGCGCUGCAAAGAUUACCAAGGAAUUGAGUUUGUUAAACGCCUUGGAAACCUGCAGAGCGAGUCCAUGAAGAAAGCUGAAGUAGCAGCCUAUUUUGGAAGAUUUGAAGAAGCCGAGAGAAUGUACUUGGACAUGGACAGGAGAGAUCUUGCUAUUGGCCUGCGAAUGAAACUGGGUGACUGGUUUCGAGUAUUACAGCUGCUGAAAACAGGGUCUGGGGACUCAGAUGACACUCUACUGGAACAGGCAAACAAUGCUAUUGGCGACUAUUUUGCAGACCGACAGAAAUGGGCUAAUGCUGUGCAGUAUUAUGUACAGGGAAGAAACCAAGAGCGUCUGGCAGAAUGUUAUUAUAUGCUAGAAGAUUAUGAUGGACUCGAGAUUCUGGCUAACUCACUCCCAGAAAACAACAAGUUACUUCCCGAUAUCGCCUGCAUGUUUGUGGCAGUAGGAAUGUGCGAUCAGGCUAUAACAGCCUUUCUGAAGUGUAACCAGCCCAAGGCUGCAGUAGAUGCCUGUGUCCACUUAAACCAGUGGAAUAAAGCUGUGGAACUGGCUAAAAAUCACAACAUGAGAGAAAUUGGACCCUUGCUGGACAAAUAUGCAUCUCAUUUGUUAGAAAACAACAAAACGCUUGAUGCUAUUGAACUUUACCGGAAAGCCAACCACUUUCUAGAAGCAGCCAAGCUCAUGUUUAAGAUAGCCGAAGAAGAAGCAAAGAAGAUGGCCAAACCUUUGCGUGUGAAGAAACUUUUUGUUCUAGCUGCUAUACUUGUAGAACAGUACCAUGAACAUAAAGAUACACAAAAAACAAAACUGAAAGGGAAGAAAACAGAGGCUACAUCAGCCUUAGCUGGUUUGUUGGAGGAGGACAGUUUGUCAACCAAUAAUCGGGUAAUUGACAAUGCCUGGCGUGGAGCUGAAGCUUACCACUUCUUUUUACUUGCUCAGAGGCAGCUUUAUGAGGGUUAUGUGGAUGCUGCUAUGAGAACAGCUCUUCAUCUAAGAGAUUUUGAAGACAUUAUUCCUGUGGUAGAAGUCUAUUCCCUCUUAGCUUUGUGUGCCUGUGCUAACAGAGCAUUUGGCACCUGUUCAAAGGCCUUUAUCAAACUGGAGUCACUGGAGACUUUGACUGAUGAGCAGCGACAGCUAUAUGAAGAUCUUGCCCUGGAAAUAUUUACUAAACAGAACCCUAAGGACAGCAAGAAAUCUGAUUUCGAUAACUUAGUUGAAGGAAGUGGAGAUGGGAAAUACCCAACAUGCAUUGCUUCUGGAAGACCCAUCACCGAAUACCAGUUCUGGAUAUGCAGCUUAUGCAAGCACAGCAUGUACGAACGAGAAGUAACUGCAUACAGUUUCUGCCCUCUUUGUCAUAGUUCUAUAGCAUAAAACAGGAAUCCUUGACUGUUUCUUAUUAGAGACCACUUGUUUUUCACGUCCCCAGAAAUAAAUUCUCCUCUGAGUCACAAAUGUGUUAAUAUAUCAUACCUUACACACACCUAGAUUCCACCUAUAGCUAAGGAUCUCUAGGAAGAACCUGAUUAAUGUAGUCGAUGGCAUAUUAAUGUGAAGACAAAUAUCCAUAGCAAGAAAAAACAUUCUCAAGAAACUGGAGCAUAUGUGAAAAUAUCCAAGCCUUGAGCUGUAGAGCUUGUCUAAUUUUUGUACAUUUUCAGUGUAAAUUGAUUUUUUCUGUUGAAAUUUGCACAAUUUAAUUAUUAGCAUAUGAAUGGCUAUGGAUUAUCAUUUGCCAGACUGCAUAGAAAAAGAGCAACAUUUAAGUAUAACUAAAUAAGAACCAUUUACAUAUUUAUAUUUUCCGUUGUGGAUUAUAUGUGCCAUAUUGAAUUUUCAAUGCAAUUUCUGACAUUUUGAAGGUGAAGCAUACGAUGUAUCAAGGAAAAUACUCAUAUUUAGUCUGGUGCAAUAUUAUUCAGCUACAUUCCAUUUGACGUGGAUGAGCCACAUAUUAACCUAACAAUAGUCUGUAUUUUAUGCAUACAUCUGCUAGAUUGUUAGUUUACAUAACAUUCAAUGUAUUAAAUUAUCACUUUGUUUUUAUUGUUGCUAAAUCACAGUUUGGCAGUUUCAUAUUUUGUUUUAUUCAUCUUCACACGUACAAUAUAUAAUGUUUAGGUUAAAAUUAUGUAUAUGUGAAGAGGAAAUCAAAUGCAAUGUAUACUAUUUUUUAAGAUAUGUUUUAUAUAUUUACAUAAACUUUUGUCUAGCUUGUAAAUUUGUUGACUUCCAUUUGGUUCGUGAAUAUUAAAAUGGAAAUUAAUGUAUAGUAUUGUAUUACUGUGUUCCUGUUCAGUACAUAAAUAUGUUUCAGAUGUUGGAAUAUAUUCACGUUCUUCAUUCAGUAAAGUGAGGAAUUAAAAAAUAAUAGAAUGGGCAACAAGAUUAUCUUUUUAAACAUUGAUAAUAACAUUUAACAAGUAGGCUGUCCCUUUAAUGAUACUUUUUGAAGCUACUAUAUCUGGUUAGGACUAUAGGAAACAACACACAUAAAUAGAACGUAAAAAUUCUGAUAAUAUAGAGCAGAUCCUUUUUGUAGAGAGAAGAAAUUGUAAGUGGGCCUCAAAAUGAGCAUUUAAUUUUAGCAUUAGAAUGUCCUUUUAAUAAAUAAAUUUAUUUCAGCAAAGAACCUACAUAUAAGCAAACAAGUUUAAAAGCAUAUAUGGGGGUUUAAACACAUAGGGGCCUAUUUAACAAAGGUCUGUCGGAUCAUGUCCGACAGACCUCGCUGAAUGCGGCGAGCAAUACGCUCUCCGUAUUCAGCAUUGCACCAGCAGUACUCGAUCGGGUUAAAUUGCGGCGAUGUCUGUCCGCCUGCUCAGAGCAGGCGGACAGAUUAUGGAGCAGCAGUCUUUAGACCGCUGCUUCAUAACGUGUUUCUGGUGAGUCUGCAGGCUCGCCGAAACACUAGCCCUCAAGCUCCAUCCGUAGCUUGAUAAAUGGGCCCCAUAGGCACAAACAAUUUUUGCACUAUUGUGUGUUAAAGGGACAGUUAAAAACUGUUAAAAAUGUUGCAUAAUUCUGCACUAUUUAAAGAGUUGGGUAAUAUGCGGAAACGUAAUAAAGAGACGUCCCUAUAUAAACAUUUCUUUGAGAAACAUACAGGAGAUAUCAAAUCAUUAAGAUACAUAGGGAUACGGAAGGUCCCAAGAAAUUGGAGAGGGGGCAACCAUGAAAAGCAGCUGUUGAUUAAAGAAUCCAAAUGGAUCUUCUCUUUGGAUUGCCUAUACUCAAGGGGGCUAAACAACAAGGAAGAUUUGUCCCAUCUCCUAAAUAACAACUGAGGUUGGAUCACGCUCCCCUCUUUAAAGAAAUUUAUACACUUAAAUAAAUAAGAAAGAGGUCGGAUUAGAUCUCCUUCUUCAAGGAAAUUUAUAUACAUAAUAAAAUGAGGCCAACUAGCCCUAAAUAAUAUAUAUAUGCGCACUUAUUAUGAGAAUGAUAAGGUGGAUUAUCCUAACAUCUGAUAAAUUCCGAAUAUUAAGUUGGGUGAUGUAUGCCUCCCUCUAGAAAUUAAGGGAUUUAUACAUCGAAAAGAGGUAGGAAAACCUCUAAUCCCUCUCUUUAGCAUUUAUAAAAUGCGCAAAUAUGAAAAUCUAUUUGAAAAAUGAAAAGACAGAAUGUCCUCAUACCCCUGAAGCUUAGAGACUAAGUGAAAGACCAUGAAGGUCUUGGAUAAGAAUGGUCAAGAACUGAAGGCUAAUUUCAAAUGCUCCAAGGUGGAACCCCUCUGUUUCGUAGCGAUCUCUAACUGCUGAUAAAUACUAAUAAAGCGGCCCUCUAUUUCUAACAAAUGAAUUAUACUCCCUGUGAAAUGAGGUAUAAUUCCAACUCUAAACUUGCACUUUCUAUUGAGAACCAAAAUAGAAGCAGAAGACUUAAAUGAGUAAUUCUAACUCCUAUCUCUCUCCAUAUACUUCUCUCAACUCGGGGUAAUAAGUAUAAUAUAACCCCCAUCUGUAUACUCUUUCACUAUGGAAUUCGACAGGACCUAUUAAGUCCUAGUUAGACUAGAAAAUUCCCUCGAUAUAAUUCCAUCACACCUCCCUUACUUGGAGUAUAAUUGUACAUCUAUAUACUCAAACGGAAUAUUUUUAAUUUCUAUUUUUAAUCUGUUAGACCUAUAUAGUCCCUUAAGCGCACGAGUAAGCAUCUGUAUGAAUACCCCAGAGAAUUAAAUAAAUUAGUUUAGGAAGAAGUCUUAAGUAAGUGAAACAUGUAACAAAAUCCCCAUUUGUAUAUUCUUUCACUAUGGAAUUUGACAGGACCUACUGAAUCCUAGUUAGACUAGAAAAUUCCUUGAUAUAACUCCAUCACUUCUCCCUCACUUAAAGUAUAAUUGUAUAUCCAUAUACUCACACGGGAUAUUUUUAAUUUCUAUUUUUUAAUCUGCUAGACCUGUAUAGUCCCUUAAGCGGACGAGGAAGCAUUUAUAAGAGUACCCCAGAGAAUGGAAUAAAUUAGUUGAGGAAGAAGUCUUAAGUAAGUGAAACAUGUAGCAAAUACACAAACGAAAACUGCAAGAUAGUUCUAACAAAAUUGAACUAUAAAGCACUCCACAUUACGAACUACUGUCUCACCUAUAUUAGUAUCAAUAUAAUAAUACAUUACGAACUACUGUCUCACCUAUAUUAGUAUCAAUAUAAUAAUACUAAGAUAUGUAUUAAGGGAGCUAAAUCAGUAUUAACUACUAGAUAAAAUGGAGAAAUCUAACAGGUGACAUAUAUCGUAGAAUAAUAUAUAUAAGAUCAAUACUUUCUCUCUCUCUUGUCCUAUAGGGAAAUUAACCUCAUCCCUAGUAAGAAUGAUUCAGUAAACAAUGGGAUAUAUUCCCAGGAAAAUCAGAAAAAUAAGCAGGCGCCUAAUAUUUGCAAAAUUUAUAGUAAAAAGUCAUAUCGCAAAAACACUGGUUCGAUAUGGUUCUAAUAUAAGUUUCAACUAAUUGAAAUUUGGUUUAAAGAAUGGCAACUGAUUCAGAAUAUAUCCAAUAAAUACGACAAAGAUGAUUAUUGGUUCGACUUUUAUUUUGAAAUCCCAACAUCCUAUUUAGGCUAACUGGAAAGCCUCAAAUAAUAUAUAUUUGUUGUGUAUAUAUAAGAUAUAUAAGACAUGACAGGUACCAUAAAUUGAAUAAAUAGGAGUGACAAGUCACAUCACGAAAUAUCAGCCUAUAAUAGCAAAGAAAAUAAGCAGGCAUCCAACGUUAAAAGGAAACCCCUUUUUUCACAUAUUAGAUUAAGGACCAAUAGGAAUUUGUAUACUGCACACACCUUAAAGGUAAAAAGAUAUUAAGUUGACCAAUAGGAUCAGGGAAAUAUCGGGACCAAGAAAAUAAAAUAACAAAUAAAAUAUUAGCUUUAAAUUUCAUCAAUUAUGGAUAAAAAAUAAGACAUUAACCAAACGAGUGAUCUAAGUAAGAAAUAAAGAAUGAAAGUAAUAAAAAUUUUGAAGCCCAAUGAACCGGAACUGCUAAAAAAUUGAGUCCGGGAUCAAGAUACGGGCAGUCAAGUAUAGGGUAUUUAAAGACCCUUAUUUUUAUCUAAAACCAGUCUUGAGAAAGGUCAGUGUAUGACCGAAACGCGUUGACUGGUAAGUUACAUUCCAAUUCUUAUAUUUGUUUUAAAACAAUCUGCACUAUUAUACACUUUUUUUGGCAGAAGGAUUAAACACCCGGGUCACGCUGGAGCUGUUGCCUGCCUGUUUACCCCGAAAGCCUAAUCCCCGCUACAAGAGAAACCAUCACACAUAGACUCUUUUGAAUAAACUUGUAAACUAUCAGGAGCACUUCAAUGACAUUUACCGAUUGAUUUAUUUGUUUUACGGGACUGUAUAGAUCCGCUGUUAUUUGUACAAUCAUGCUGGUCACUAGUGGAAAUUGUUAAUCGUCCUCAUGUGUGUUGUUUUGAAGUUUUAGCUUUUUUGAAGUUCGUUGUAUUCACUGAGCACACAUUUUUUACAUUUUCGUUAACACCCGCUUAUUGUUAUCUGUGGAAGAACAAGUUCUUAACUGUUACUUUGGAGAUUUUAAGUGUUACUUUUUGAGACCACCAUAUUAUUUAUAUUUUCGAUACACUGCAGCACCAAUACUCACUUUUAUUUUUGGAUUUAUUUGACACAAAUAUAUUUACAAAACACCCGCUUAUUGUUAUCUGUAGAAGAACAAGUUCUUAACUGUUACUUUGGAGAUUUUAAGUGUUACUUUUGAGGCCACCAUUAUUAUUUAUAUUUUCGAUACACUGCAGCACCAAUACUCACUUUUAUUUUGGAUUAUUUGACACAAAUAUAUUUACAUCACUUAUAGGCACCAAACUUACAAAGUCCAAUAAUUUAUAUAUUCCGCUAGCGGAACACCGCCACUGAACCUCUAGCGAGGUACAGUGUAUCGGUUCUCCCCUUUUUUUCCGGCUCUUAGCAAUAAAGGAAUCAUUGCAAGAACGGUUACAGCCAUAAACCUUAAAUUGAUCACAAGAAUACACACACAGAACAUCAGGGAAACAGGAUAGGGAUAAUUGCAUCCAUAUCAAUUCAUAUAUGUGAACACAUUUGUUAAUUAUUUUGGGCACUAUCUUUUAGGAAGAAUUUUUUAGGAGAAAUUGAGUAAAAAUUGUUAGUGCAUGGAUCCAUGUAAGUUGACCUGUUGUAUGUUAUAAAAUCAUUUUUUUGUAUGAGUACUGGAUUGUAUGGUAUUGGUGUAAGAUACUGUACCACCAGCUGUUUUUAGAAGAUUGUUUUAAGAUAUUGUUUUAAUAAAUGUUUUAUGUUUAUAUUCA